GUGAGUAUUUAGUGACUAAUGGCUGCCACCUCAUCCACCUCAUCGUGAUGUUGACUGAUGUUUUCUAGCCGCUGAAUGUGAUAGUGAUACGUUUCGCACUCUUUCCAGAUCAUCACAAACAAGAUGGACCACGCUCACCUUAAAAUACUUCUCACGAUCUUUGUGAUCGGUCAAGCUCAAGCUAUAAUGUUUUAUCUGGAGCCCAGCAAUCAUAAAUGUCUGAAAGAAGAGGUCCACGCGAACGUGCUUGUCACAGGCGAAUACGAAGUGUCUGAGGCACUAGGACAGAAGACAGAUUACGUGAUUCAAGAUUCCAAAGGACACAUAUUGUCCCAGAAGGAUGAUAUUCCUCAUGGAAAACUGUUGAAAUUCUCCUUUGUAACUGAAACUUAUGACACUUUCGAGAUAUGCUUUAUUUCACAUGUUCCAAACCAUCAACGUGGUGUGAGGCAGGAAGUUAUGCUGGUUAUGAAACGCGGUAUUGAAGCAAAAAGUUAUGAAGGCUUGAUCGGCGAAGCAGCCAAGUUAAAACCAGUCGAAGUGGAAUUGAAACGAUUGGAAGACUUGUCUGAGGCGAUAGUGCAAGACUUUGCCAGAAUGCGCAAAAACGAGGAAGAAAUGAGAGAUACAAAUGAGGCCACAAAUACCCGCGUAUUAUACUUCAGUUUAUUUUCGAUCUGCAUCGUUUUCGGUUUAUCCACUUGGCAACUCUUCUACUUCCGACGUUUCUUCAGGAUGAAGAAACUUAUAGAGUAAAUACAACAGAUACGUUUAGAUACGUUUUUGGUUUUUGUUACUUCUAACUUUGUGUUAGAAUUUAAAAAAGUUUUAUAUUCAUCAUAAAAAAAGUUCGCAAUAUGUAAAAAGUCACAGUCAUGCUGUCACAUGAUUAAUCAAUGUAAAAUGCAAUUUCUUAUCAUCUCACCACAUGCUGCAUAUACAUGUCGCUAACAGGAAAAUAUGAAACCCACUAUUUAAACAAAUAUGUAUUGUAAAAUAAAUUUCUUAAAUAAAAUAUUGAUUAAAUAAUACUGUA